UGCUCUUGCUGACUGGGCUUGCUUUCCGUGUUUUUCAGUAACUGCAGACCCCCGUGUGAUGAGAAGCGACGUCUUCACCGAGUUUUUAACGCUGGUACAGAUGCACACAUUGAACGUCACCACCACGCAAGCCGCUUUGGAUGUGUUUCUGCCCAAUGGAAAGAGUGUUAACGUGGAGGUUCUAACAUCAGAUACAGCCGAAAGGGUCCUUGAGGUGGUGGCGCAGAAACUUGGACUGUAUCCGGAGCUCUUGGGGUACUUCGGUCUGUUCCUCAUCCGGUGUUUCCCGGAGGGCAAGCUCUCUGUUGUGAAGAAGAUGGCUGAUUUUGAGCUACCUUACACUAGCCUUCAGAGUUCCGAGGCAGAAGACUGGAAGAUAGGACUCAGAAAAUGGUACCUGGACCCCGCCCUGGACUCCGUGCUGAUGGACUGCAGAGCGGCUGGAGACCUGCUGUACAUGCAGGCAGUACAGGACAUUGAAAUAGAAUGGGUGAAACCCACACAGGUUCAGAGGGAGGAACUGAAGGCACUCCAGGAGAAAGAGAAUCAAACAGAGUUUCUGGAGCGGUCCCAGGAGGUCCGGCACUAUGGGUACAUUCAGCUGGAUCCCUGUACCUGCAACCACCCCGAACCCGGCUGCACGGCUGUACUUUCCAUUGGCAACAACGAGAUCAGCUGCUGUGUGACCCUGCCUGACGGCCAGACCCAGGACAUUGCUUUCCAGAUGAGCGGAGUAAAGUGCUGGCAGGUCACUUUCCUUGGAACUCUGCUGGAUACAGAGGGGCCCCAGCGAACUCUCAACCAGAACCUAGAGCUGAGAUUUCAGUACAGUGAAGACAGUCGGCAGCAGUGGUUCGUCAUUUACACCAAACAGGCUUUUUUCCUGAGUAGCUGCCUGAAGAAGAUGAUCUCAGAGAAGAUGGCGAAGCUCGCUGAGGAGAACCCAGAAAUGCAGAUCGAGGUUCCAGAACAAGGCAGAAGUAAGAAGCAGCCGAACCAGCCGAAAGACUAUUUUAAUUUUCUGAGAAAAAGCAAGGCGAAGAAAGUUGAAGACGACUGUGUUUGGGGAACCCUCACGGAAGGAGGUCUCUGAAGGGAGUCUCGUCAACUGUCUUAAGACAGUGCCAGAGUUUGGGAGAUGGCCUUCCCACUUCACUUCCUUUGACACUGAGGUGCCCUGUGUCCAUCACUUUAACUGUAGCGUUCUGUAACUCUCGGGAUUAAACGGUGUAGAAACCAGAGCUAUAGCAUUGGCUGAAGUGGCAGUUGGCAGGUUCAAAUCCACCAACGGAAGGUUUGUUCUAUGUUCCCUCUAAGGUAGAUGUGGAUUCAGCUCCUUUAAGCCUUUUGUAUGUUCUGAUUUUGAAGGUUUAAAAAGCUUAUUUUAAACUAUAUUAAUGCAUUUAUCACCAAGGUAGAUUCACCAUCCUCAGAAAAAAUAUGACUUCUCUGACCUUGUCAGCGAGUAGGAAGAGGUGGCAGAAUUCUGAUCCACUUCCUCACCUGCUUGUGAGUUUACUAACUCAGGUGACCUAAAGUAACAGCUGCCCUGGCCUAACUCCCCUCAUGGCAUGGCUGUAGUCCACUCUGCUUUUUUUUUUUU